CAGCGGCUGCACAGUAAAGUGUGAGCUGUGGCAUCGGUAAGAGGCGGAGGGGAAGGUGACGAGUGCUCGUAUCCCGGGGCUUAUUUGCUCAUAUUCGUUCCAGAGCGUAUCGUAUAGUCUAUUUUUAUCUGUCCGCAUCUCCAGCAGGUCGGCAUAAUGAAUCAGACAGAUAAAAAAGAAGAGGAAGUUCCUUCUUAUAUGCAAGAGCAGCCUCCAGAGGAUACCGUUAAAGAUCAUCCUCAGCAACAGCCUGGCAUGUUUUCUCGUGUAACUGGUGGCCUUUUCAGUGUGACCAAAGGAGCUGUUGGUGCCACAAUUGGAGGGGUAGCCUGGAUUGGUGGGAAAGGUUACGAAGUGACUAAAACUGCAGUCACUUCUGUGCCCAGUAUAGGAGUUGGCAUUGUCAAAGGCGGAGUGUCUGUUGUUACAGGAAGUGUUUCAGCAGUGGGGUCUGUUGUCUCAAGUAAAGUGUCCGGCAAAAAGAAAGACAAAUCUGACUGAACUGGCAAAAAAAAUAAUCUUUUGAGAGAACUGUCCCAGUUUGAUUUGGCACCUGCAGAGGAUUAGAGUGACUGACACAUUACUUAAGACAUUUAUCUCUGAGGCUGCCUGAAGAAGCAGAAGGGACCACAGCAGAACCACAAUACUAUGAAGGUUCAUUGAAACUGCAAUUCAAAUGUUACAUUUUAUUAUUCUAAACUAAAUCAUGUGUAUUAUGGUAAAACAUUUGCAUUUUCAGUUGGCGAUGUUGGUUAAAUUGCUAGAGCCAUUCAUUACCUGACUUGGCGUCACGAGUGUUGUUGUUGGGUUGUUUUUUUUGUAGAACUCGGCACAGCAGAGGUAGUGCAGCAUGUCAUCAUAAGUCACUUUUUUUUGUUUUGAUCGACUAUACUGGUGUAGAUUGGUAUAAAAAUCCAUAAAGGUAAUGGAAGGAAUCGGGACAGUCUUGAAUAUUUUUUUAAAACUGAAAGACCCCAAAAACCUAAAACGAAAAAUAAACACCACAUACCAACCCAAUAUGUUAAAAUGUGAGCUGCAUUUUGAAACCAUUUAAAUGUAUCUGAUAUAAAUGUGUUUUUUUUUUUUUUUUUUUUGUUUUUUUUUUUGUAAAUCCUAUAUAAGUCCAAAAUUUCAACCUUUUUUUUUUUUUUUUUUAAUUCUUUUCUAUAAAAAAAACUUGAUAUUUGUCACAAUAAAAUUUGAUUUGUUUUAUGGGUAAAGAUACUGUCUAGAAGUGUGAAAAUGUUAUUUAGCCUGAUAAACGUACAUUACAUUUUGUUUUUGUUCCCUUUUUUUUUUUUUUUUUUUUUUUUUUUUUGUGUUUGAUUUUUUUAUUUAGAUAUCCAUCAAAGUUUGGGUGUAAUUUAUUGUGUGAUAUAAAAUGUUGAAGCGCAAGUUUAUUGGUAUAGUAUAUUUUCUAAGUUGAUUUAUCCUUGACAAAACAUCUUAGUGCCUUAUAGAAACAUACCUUGUUUUCCUCAGGUAUUUUGUUUCUUGUUCUAAACACUAAACUCCAUAUUUCCUGUAAUAAACUAUUAUUAUAUUAAAGCACAGCUUUUAAAUAUUUUAAUGACUAUUUGAAAUGUGUUUUAAAUAUCCACUCCAUUCAAAAUUGUUCUACAACAUAAAAAUGUACUUUUUUUUUUUUUUUUUUUUUAAUGAGAUUAUCAUCAUUGCAAAGGAUCCCAGGCAUUAAUUUUCAUGUUAAUAUACUUUGCAAAAUGUUUAUUCCCUGUAUGCUGAUAAACGAAUAAUUAUUUGGCUUAACUUUUUGACCAUGCAAAUGAAUAGGGAGUGGUAAGAAAGAUCUGUGUUUAUUACAGCCUAUGCUUAUCUUUUUUUAAUUAAGAGGUAUUUUGUUCCUUGUAUUUUAGUAUUCCUAAGACAUGUACUGCGUUAAUCGACCACUUGAACUGUGAAAUGUGGCAAGAUUAAGAAUAAACUUUUGAGCCUGAAUAAA